AUGCUAUCCGAGCUCGUGAAAUUUGAAUAUGAAAUGUUGGAUGUGCCUCCGCUGUAUAUUGUUGGAGCAUUUAUUCCUGCCACAAUGAUUGCUGUACUUUACCUUCUCCCCCCCCCCCCCCUCCCUCCAAAUCUCACUAUAUCUUUCUACUCUGACCAGGUCAUAUUAUGUGGUCUUGUUGGAAUUCCUCCAUCCAAUGGAGUCAUUCCACAAUCUCCAAUGCAUACAAAAAGCUUGGCCACUCUGAAACAUCAGCUCUUGCGGAAUAAGCUUGUAUCGACAGCUCGAAACAGUAUGCGGAAAAAUGCAAAUUUAUCUCAGUUGUAUAGGAAUAUGCAAGAAGCUUACAAUGAAAUGCAGACUCCACUUGUAUACCAAACUCCUGCUACUCUGGGACUGAAAGAACUGAAAGACUCCACAGUUCAACGAGCCUCAAGUGGUGGCUACAUAGAUGCACCAGUUGAUGAGUCUGUUUUUGACGUGGAUAAGGAUGUUGAUGAUCUUUUACCUGUAGAAGUUAAAGAACAACGCAUCAGCAAUCUUCUUCAAGCAUUCAUGGUUGGUGGUUGUGUUGCUGCUAUGCCCCUUCUAAAGAAGAUUCCAACUUCAGUCCUCUGGGGGUACUUUGCUUUCAUGGCAAUAGAAAGCUUGCCAGGAAAUCAAUUCUGGGAAAGGAUAUUAUUGCUUUUUACUGCUCCAAGUCGAAGAUACAAGGUGCUAGAGGAGUAUCAUGCAACCUUUGUGGAGACAGUUCCUUUUAAAACAAUUGCCUUCUUCACAUUGUUUCAAACAGCCUACUUGCUCCUAUGCUUCGGACUAACUUGGAUCCCUAUUGCUGGUGUCCUUUUUCCACUGUUGAUUAUGCUUCUUGUUCCGGUGCGUCAGUAUUUGCUUCCCAAGUUUUUCAAAGGAGCCCAUCUACAAGACUUGGAUGCUGCAGAAUAUGAAGAAUAUCCAGCUAUAACUUACAACCUAUCCUUUGAAGUAAGUUGCAAUUGAAUUUAUCUUGUGUUAAAGUAGAAGCAGAAGUGAAGUGGAAAAUUUACUUUGAACUUGUCUGCCCUAACGUGGAUUUUAUUGGUUUGGUGACUCUGGUCAUUCAUGUUCGGAAACAAAAUUUUACAAUUUUUACUUAUUUUUAAGCUUAGGAAAAUUGUCUCUGAGCCUUUUUCCAUA